AUGGAAGAUGGGGUAUGUGGAAUUUUGUUCCUGGGAAUAGCAAUUUGGGUCCGAGUAAACCAAGAUAGUAAUGAGAUUUUAAGCCAUGGGGAUUUCCAUAUUCAAUCUCAUGGUCCUGCAAAUCUCUUGAUAGCUGUGGGUGCCAUUAUCAUGGUCCUGGGUUUCCUGGGAUGCUGUGGUGCCAUAAAAGAAAGCCGCUGCUUGCUCAUUGUGUUUUUUGCAGGAUUGUUUCUUAUCCUGAUCUUGCAGCUGGCAGCAGGUGGCCUUGGAGUUGCUUCAAAACCUAAGUUUGAAAGUAUCAUGAAUGUAACACUUCAUGAAGCGGUGAAGCUGAUGAAUGGAACAAAUGAUAAUGCAUUAAAAGUCCAGAGAGCUGUAGAUAAAUUGCAAAAAGAGUUUAAAUGCUGUGGCUUGAUAGAUGGAGCUGCUGAUUGGGGAAAUAAUUUAAAAAAAUACCUUGAUUCAUGUAAAUGUAAAGAUACACCAGCUACACCUUGUAAAGAGUUUGACGGAGAAUCUGUUUAUACAAAGACAUGUGCCUCCUAUUUACGAGAACUAAUUGAAAAGUAUCUUACUAUAAUUAUUGGAGUAGCAUUUGGACUGAUAAUUAUUGAGGUGAUAAAAAGGAAGCUUGGGAAGUUAGGUAACCUGCCCAGAGUUACUCAGUUGACUCUCAAACUGAACUGGAUUUCAGACUUCGGCAGUUCCCUUCCAAGUCCUGGGUGUUAA